AUGGUUGUUGCUACUCUGGUCCACGAACGCUACGUAUUCAUCACUGAAGGUUUUUUGCCACAGCCGGCCGUGCGUGGGCUUGUUGGCAUUCUGUCCCCCAAAUGCUCAACACCCCUAUGUUAUCAUUCAGCGCUAGAAGACGCAUGGCGGAUCCAUUGCCCCACACUUCCCAAGAACAAUUCACACAACUGGCGGACCUGGCGUUGUGAUCAAUUUAACUACGAACGGGCAUUGAUACACGCAGGUGUUCCACGAACUAUUGUUUCUUCUCCCGCUGACUGGGGCCCCAGAAUUUCUCCUUCUGGGGUAACCCUUGAUCCUAAACCAACCACAACAGCAACCCGACAGCUCAGCACGACCUCAAAUCAUUCAAACCAGGAUCAUGACCUUCACCCGUUCUCAGGUCAACAACCACCUCUCACGCCGUUUGAUCCACCCCAGCUAGACUCACUUGUAGGCCCUCAACGUGCCAAAGCCGUAUAUCCCUGUCAGCGACCUUCACGAGGACUUGUCGUGCGGAAACACCGCACCACUGGCAACAAGGGGUGUCCUUACCAAUACUGCCAAGCGUGUUGCCUCAAAUACGGUUUGGGUCCGUGUUCCAAACACCAACCCAAGCGUCCCUUGGCCACCCUCACAGCAAACCCAAGGGAAAUCCCGUUACCUAGCACCUCGACCUCAGCAGCUCCAGCUCCAGCUCAACCAACCUCCGUGAGCACUAGUGAACCACCACGCCCAAGGGGACCCCGUGCUCACCAGUGGGCCCAAAGUGCCAAGACGCUUGGACACCGUUUGGGUGUUGAAGCCGUAUUGACGAUUCAAAUUGACCUCUGCAAGCAAUAUGGGGCGGUUCAACGGGAAAUUGCUAACAAAUAUGAUGAGAAUAAAGUCGUCACCAUCCAUCUUUGGCUUGACGCAAUCGCAGAGAAGGUCAUAUCUGCUCAUUUUGACCACUGGCCCAAGGCAAGGCUGGAAGAAUCCAGCUUGCUCAUGCAAGCUUGCACACAAACCCUGGGAACAUCUUGGAACCGCUCACUGUUGUUCUGGGACAACAAAAUCGACGCAUGGCAUGAAACAAUGGUUUCAUUCCCUCAUCGCUUCCCGGCAAGUAAGAAAAACCUUGUAUUCAGGUUUCACACUGUCAAUCCUAACAGCCCAGGCUUACCUCAAUCCAAAUCCAAGCAAGGCCCCGUAUUUCCUACAACAGCGGCAGCACAGAAUGAUCCAGUCGAACCGCCGGCCUCAGCCUCACUUCCAGUUGAAACCUACGGCCUCAACCCUCCUCAAGUGGUCUCCUCAUUUCCAACAAGUCUGCCUCCCGACUCUGACGACAACAUUAUUUUUGUAAAGAGCAGCCUGCCUGAACCCACCAGUCAAGCUGAUGAUGCGGUUGCCUCCCAACGCGAAAUUUCCAAGCCACCAAUCUUUGACCCUUUUCAUGUUGUCACAAAAAUUCCCAAAAACACAAGAAGGAGCAAGUGUUGCCACCCCGCCCACCCCGUCUCCAGUGUUGACGGACUCGGCCCGAGUCUUGAAGAAAAAGUGGCCCGGUUCUUUGGUGCUUGUGUCAACCCUCCUCGUGUGGUACAAGGAGUAAUCUUUAGCCCAAUGAAAUUGAAAUACUGGGGUGUUGCCACUGAUGAAGUCAGUCCAAACAGAAGGGGAGGCCCCUUAGCUUUACCAGUCCGAGCACUUGAGGAGGACCCUUGGGGUUCACCUCCACAAGUGAUUAUUCAGACCCUGUGUAUGUAUGUCAAGCCAGCAAACCUCGAUUCCGUGAAAGAUAUAAAAUCAGCAUCAGAUGCUAUGAGGCGCAGCGGAACCACCCCAGUGAAUCCAACCCAGGCGCAGGGCGAAGGCGGUGUAGCAUGGCACCAGACAGAAACCAACCUAGUUUUGAAGGACAACAAAGGCCAGCCCAUACUAAGCCCACUCAAAGCUUAUGGACUUAGCAUAUCUGAUGACUUUCUUGUGCGGAAUCACACCUACCAUAUACAUGGACCGGUGGGGGUAGACCUCGUAGACGGUGAUGCGUUUAUCAAACAUAGCAUCAUGACUCAGAGCUUGGUUGCCACAAUCCCCCCUCAACCUGAAGACCUUUCUGGUAAAGCGAAGAUCAGUGCAAUAGGCAAAGUACUUUGA